ACACAUCAGGCGGAGAGACCGAGGAGGACGACUCAAGUGACAGAGCCACCGCCGCGGAUCCAGCAGUUACCUCCGGCGAGCGUGAAGCCGGCGGGAGACGGAGAAGCUCAAAGGACAAAACACUGACCUGACCCACAGAAACGGAGGAGCUGAGGAACGGAAGCUACAUAUCUGAAUCCAGAGGAGGGAGCAGGGACAGAAAGGAGAGUCUCGGUUCACCAUGGCGUCGUUCGGACUGGAGCUGGCCGGCAUCUCGCUCUCAGUGGUGGGCUGGCUGCUCAGCAUCGUCAGCUGCGCUCUGCCCAUGUGGAGGGUCUCCGCCUUCAUCGGCGCCAACAUCGUCACGGCCCAGGUGUACUGGGAGGGCCUGUGGAUGACCUGCGUGGUCCAGAGCACGGGACAGAUGCAGUGUAAGGUGUACGACUCCAUGCUGGCGCUGCCCCAGGACCUGCAGGCCGCCCGGGCGCUCACCAUGGUCGCCAUCAUCGCGGGGAUGGUGGCGCUCCUCCUCUCCAUGGUGGCGGCGAAGUGCACCAACUGCAUCGAGGAGGAGGCGGUCAAAUCCAGGGUGAUGAUCACCUCCGGGGCGGUGUUCAUCGCGGCGGCCGUGGCCCAGCUGGUGCCCGUCUCCUGGUCGGCGCACACCAUCGUGGUGGAGUUCUACAGCCCGCUCGUCCCCGCGGGACAGAAGAUGGAGAUCGGGGCGGCGCUGUACUUGGGGUGGGCUGCCGCGGCCCUGCUGGUGACCGGCGGCGCCAUCCUCUGCUGCAGCUGCCCUCCGAGGGAAGAGAAACCGACGAGGUACAGCAUGCCCCCCCAGAGCCGCUACGCGUACUCUGCAGCGCCCAUGUCAGCGAUGACGGCUCCGAACUCCUACAACAGGAGGGACUAUGUGUGAGCGCCGGCAGCACCGCUCCGCUCUAUCCUGUUCGUUUGUUUUUUAUCGAUUUCCUUGUACAGAAUGUAAUGACAGCAACUUUUGUUGAUGUUCAAUGUCAUAAAUUGUGUAGAUGUUGUUGGUAUUCACAGAUACUCCGUGAUACACAAAGGACAGAAUGUGGCGAAAGAGGAAUAUGUGUAAUCCAGAAAACAGCAAUAUGCUCUGUAUUCAUUUGGGCGCAUGCGGUCGGGUCUGUUGUGGAUGUUCGUCUUGUGAUCAAUCUGCAAACAGUCCAAACGGAGUAAAGCUUGAAGACUGAUGAAAGUCAUGCAAGGUCAGCUUGUUUCAAAUGAACAUGAAUUCAAUGAUUUUCAACUUUUCAUCUGUAUCACGUUUCAAAGCACUGAAUGUUGUGUGUUCGUUUAUUUUCUACUGUAUUUGAAACUUUGUCUUUAACUUUAUUGUUGCGACACAGCUUUUAUUUUCUA